CCCAUCACAGGCUCCUCCCCGCGCCGGUCCCUCCCGGAAGCGCCGGGCGCGCGACUCCUCAUGGAGCAAGAGCAGAUCGCCCCGAAGGCCGACCCCGCUGCCGUGCUUUUCGCUUGGGGUGCAAAUAGCUAUGGGCAACUUGGCCUUGGCCAUAAGGAAGAUGUGCUUUUGCCCCAGCAGCUGAAUAACUUCUGCGAACCCGAGUGUGUCCGGAGGCUCACGGGAGGAGGGGGCCACUCUGCUGUUGUCACAGAUGGAGGAAGGCUUUUUGUUUGUGGCCAGAACAAAGAUGGGCAGUUGGGGCUUGGCCACACCGAAGAUGUUCUGUGUUUUACCCCCUGCAAAUUCUUCCUUGGCUGUCCUGUCCAAUAUGUGGCCUGUGGCUGGGAUUUUACUAUUAUUCUUACAGAAAAUGGUCAAGUUCUGUCAUGUGGAUCCAAUUCCUUUGGCCAACUAGGAGUUCCCCAGGGACCUCAACGAUGUGUGGUCCCCCAGCUCAUUGAGUUCCUGAGAGAAAAGGUUGUCAGUAUUGCUGCUGGACUGAGGCAUGCCUUAGCUGCUACAGAACGUGGCGUUUUGUUUCAGUGGGGAACUGGCUUGGCAUCGUCUGGACGGCGGUUGUGUCCUGGGCAGACUCUCCCUCCAUUUUUGACAGCAAAGCAACCAAGUGAAGUGACGGGUCUUGAGAAUUCUAAAGCAAUUUGUGUCCUUGCUGGCUCAGAUCACUCAGCUUCUUUGACAGAUUCAGGAGAGCUGUACGUUUGGGGAAGCAACAAGCAUGGGCAACUGGCCACCCAGGCUGCUUUCCUUCCUUUGCCCCAGAAAAUAGAAGCACAUUGUUUUCAGGAUGAAAAGGUCACUGCUGUCUGGAGUGGGUGGACACACCUGGUGGCUCAGACAGAAACUGGCAAGGUGUUUACCUGGGGCCGAGCGGACUAUGGUCAGCUUGGGAGGACAUUGGAAUGUGAUGAAGGCAGGAAGCUGGAGAAGCAGGAUUCAUCCCACCCCUGUUCCAGACCCCGGAAAAGGACACCUUCGUCUCUGCAUUGCUUGAUGGGGGCAACUGAGAUGGGAUGUGCUACUCUUGGGGCUGGAAUGAGCAUGGCAUGUGUGGUGACGGCACGGAAGCCAACAUCUGGACCCCAACGCCUGUGCCGGCACUAGAGCUGGCACCGGGACUCCUUGUGGGCUGUGGGGCCGGGCAUUCCCUGGCCCUGUGCCGAUGGCCAGCUCUCCCAGUCACUAGCCCUUCCCUAGAUGCCACUGAGGACUCUGAAUCUCCGGAAGCCACAGCAAGGACAGAAACUGGAAGAGAAGGAUUGCAGACGCUCCCCCCCAAGGCCGGCCUUUCAGGGGCAGAAAGGGGUGGUUUAUGACAGAGGUAUUUUAAUAAAGUGCCAUUUUCCACCCUAA